CGCUGCUGUCCCGCUGCGGAGGAGGUGAAGGUGGGAAGAGCCUCAGCCCCCGCCGGCCUCCGCCUCCGCUCCCUGCCCGGCCGUGCUGCGGCCCGGCUGCGGGAGAUGCGCGGCUGGGAAGAGCUUUACCCGCUCCCAGUGCCGCCCUCCUGGGUACCGGGGGCUGCUGUCGGGAUUCUUUCCUUGCACUUCAUCCAGAAGCUUCUCUUCCCCUACUUCUGGGCCGACCUGAGAUACCUGCUCAAAGUGUUGAUCUAUGGGCUGAGAAUGGAGAUGUACCGGCUGCAAGGGAGGGUUGUCACCGUCCUGGAUGAGUUUGUGAAGCUGGCGGAGAAGCAGCCGCACAAACCGUUCCUCAUCUACGAAGGGACCGUUCACACCUACAGAGAUGUGGACCGGAGGAGUAACAGGAUAGCGCAGGUCUUCCUGCAGCACGAGGCUCUGAAGAAGGGGGACACGGUGGCCUUGCUGAUGGGGAACGAGCCAGACUUCAUCCACGUGUGGUUCGGACUGGCCAAACUGGGCUGUGUGGUGGCCUUCCUCAACUUCAAUGUCCGCUUCAGAUCGCUCCUGCACUGUGUCAGUAGCUGUGAGCCCAAGAUACUGGUUGUGGGAGCAGAUUUGCUUGGGACUUUGGAAGAAAUUCUUCCUAAACUUCAGAAAGAUGUUAGUGUUUGGAUAAUGGCCAAGGACUCCACGUUUCCAAAUGUGCAUACCCUUUUGGACAAAAUAGAAGCUGCAUCUGAAGACCCUGUUCCAGUUAAUCGAUGCUCUGCCAACAACCUCAAGUCAGCUGUUCUAUAUAUAUUUACUUCGGGAACAACAGGUCUUCCAAAGGCAGCAGUCAUUAGUCAUUUACAGAUUCUUAAAGGAGCUGCUGGACUGUGGGCUUUUGGUGCUACUUCAAAAGACAUAAUUUAUAUUACUCUGCCUCUUUAUCACAGUGCAGCUUCUCUUCUUGGCAUUGGUGGAUGCAUUCACCUGGGUGCAACCUGUGUGUUAAAAAAGAAGUUCUCAGCCAGUCAGUUUUGGGGUGACUGCAGGAGGUACAAUGUGACUGUCAUCCAGUACAUUGGAGAACUCUGCCGUUACCUUUGCAAUCAGCCAGUGAAGGAAGGAGAAAAAAAUCACAAAGUCCGCCUAGCAGUUGGAAAUGGAGUAAGAAAUGAUGUAUGGAGGGAAUUUUUGGAGAGAUUUGGUGCUGUUAAGAUCUGUGAGUUCUAUGGUGCUACUGAGGGAAACAUUUGUUUCAUGAACCACACAGGAAAAAUUGGAUCUGUUGGGCGCACCAAUUUCUUCUAUAAGCUUUUUUUCCCAUUUGAUUUAAUCAAGUAUGAUUUCCAAAAAGAUGAACCAAUUAGAAAUAAGCAUGGUUGGUGUGAAAAAGUUAAGAAAGGUGAGGCUGGUCUUCUGAUUUCCAAAGUCAAUGCAAAGAACCCCUUCUUUGGUUAUGCUGGCAAUAAAAGACACACAGAAAAGAAAUUACUCUGUGAGGUAUUUAAGAAGGGAGAUCUUUAUUUUAAUACUGGAGAUCUCAUGGUUCAAGACCAUGACAAUUUUCUAUAUUUUUGGGACAGGAUUGGAGAUACCUUCAGGUGGAAAGGGGAGAACGUUGCCACUACAGAAGUUUCUGAUGUCAUUGUAAUGUUGGACUUCAUACAAGAAGCAAAUGUGUAUGGUGUGUCUGUGCCAGAUCAUGAAGGAAAAGCAGGAAUGGCUUCUCUUAUUUUAAAGCACAAUGCUUCAUUAGACUUGGAGCAAAUGUAUAAGCAAGUAGUGACCUAUCUACCAAGUUAUGCUUGUCCCCUUUUCUUAAGAGUCCAGGAAAAAAUGGAAAUGACGGGAACAUUCAAACAGCAAAAAUUUCGGCUUGUGGAUGAAGGUUUUAAUCCAUCUACAAUUACUGAUCCUCUUUAUUUUUUAGACAAUUCUAAGAAAGCAUAUGUCUUGUUAACCAAAGAAUUACAUGAGAUGAUCGUAUCUGGGAAAAUUAAGCUUUAAUUAAUUGACCAUGUAAUAGGCUAUUACAGUAUAGUUUGUACAAGCUCUUGUAUGAGAAAACAAUGCAAUUAAUCACCAGUAUUUAUACAUAAUUAUCCAGAAUAAUGUUUUUUAUAUUUGAUAUUUACAUUCAGAUAUGUCUUUUCUUACUUGAUCAUUAUUUUUUACUAAUCACUUUUUACCUCUUGAGACAAAUUUCUAAGCAAAUAACCUGUAAAACAUAACUGACAUCUAUUUUAUAUUAACUUUGUAAUAUAAAUCCUGAA